AUGGCAGCGAGGACGGCGGCGACGGCGACUCUGCUAACGGCCGUCCGAUUGGAACAACCAGAAUUGGACAGCACAAAUAAUAGUAAGAAGACGAAGGAGACGGCUGUUGUUGCAGGAAAAGGAAUUUUUGGUAGAAGUAGAAGAAACCCACACCUUUCCCUUACAAAGCCAUCUUGGGUUGUCAGAACAGAGUCAAAUGUACGGAGAGAAAUAAGAAAGAAGCCAGACCCAGCUUGUGUGGUCUGCCAUGGAACUGGUAGAGUUGAUUGCCCCCUUUGUUCUGGACAAGGCAGGACUAACUGUGUGCAUUUAGCUCUGCUUCCUCAAGGUGAAUGGCCUAAAUGGUGCAGGACUUGUGGUGGCAGUGGCCUCAGCUACUGCUCCCGUUGCCUUGGAACUGGAGAGUACAGGUAUAUCAUGGGCUUCAACUUCAUGAAGAUGGCUUCUGAUGACACCAAAAAUCACCCACAGCAGCAUCAGACUCCCACUCAGAAUACAGCUGAUCGGCUUCUCAACAGAGAACAAGUGGAUUCAAACCAUGACAUAUGA